AUGGACUGGUCGAACGGUGAGAGAUGGAUCAAUGUGAACAGUCAAAGGGUUCGAAAAACAAUCGCCAAGCGUGUCAAGCUGGCGUCCGACAAGGGCGGCAAUGCCAUCAGCCCCCAUAAUACGAAUGCCUAUGAUGAGGACACUGGUUUCAGCCUAUCCGAAGACGACGAAAUUAAUUACAUCGGGUUUCUGGCCGACGAAGCAGCUAAAUACCAGAUGUCAAUUGGUGUUGACAUCGGGGCCAUCGCGGUCGAUCUACAAGAUAUUGCGUCUUUCUUUAUCGGCGGGACUUGCGACGAUAGCAGUGGCGGUAGUGAUAACAGCGAUGGCAGCGAUAACAGCGAUGGAAGUGAUGGCAAUAGUUGGGACUCGGAAGAUCCUAAUAGUUGCGACUUCUGGCAGGGGCUCCAGGAUUCCGGAAUCCCUGUAUUCAGCACUGACGGCGGAGAUUUCAAGAAAUUCAAGAUUUAG